AUGGAGCCCCUCGUGAUGCCGCUGGUGUUACGGCUGCACUCUGCGCAUCAUAUAGAUUAUUUAACUAAUGAGGAGAAAUUAGUGACGGAAUUACAGAAUGUUGACAUAACUCAGCUUGUUUACAGGAAUUCUGGAGUGCAGGAAGAGCUGUACAACGAGGUUAUUAAAGAUAAUCUCUGGCUUCAGAGACAGACAGGAUGUCUAGGAAUGACAGCAGUGCCCUUGCCUCUGGUCAUUCAAGAAAGUGAAGCCCCUCACCAGAUCUUGACUUCGGCAGCGUCGGAUGAUCAGUGGAGCCAUUCACUGUUUGCUUUGAUACCCUCAUGGACAAAGAAGAUUUUGUUCAAACGAGAGUCUUCUGUUGACCACCAGCUGCCUGAAGAUGCGUCCAAUAUGUCAGUGUCUUCUGAAUUUGGAAUAACCCUUCAGAAAUGUGGUGUGGUGGAUGUUGAGCAUGACCCUCGAACUGCAUACAUUACACUUCUGAUUAAUAACACCAACACGCUGCUCUCAACAAACAUUACAGAUCUUAUCCUCCUGGACAAUAUAACUGGUCUACAUGUUGAAAAAACCAGUGGUAAUAAGACCACAGAUGGUAUACAGAUUUACAGGAAAAGAUUCUUGCAAGGUGGAGAGUACUUUGCAUUCAACUACUCUGCCCUUCUUGAUGCAAAAGAAAUAUGGGAUGGCAGGGUCUUGACACUGCCUGCAAAGCUAACCUUCAGGAGUUCAUCACAGAAUAAGACACAUCUCGUAUCAUUGACAGCAUUGUUCACCAUAACUGAAGAAGAAAAGACCAAGGUUUCGUACAGCCAUGCCAUCCAUGCUUCAGGGUUCUUCAUUGCUUUUUUUGUUUCCCUUGUAUUGACAAGUGCUGUUCUUUUUAUUGUUUACCGAGCCCGAAUAUUAAAAUGGAGAUUCCGUAGUAAAAACCAGGAGAUACAGCGUGAGCUCUGUCAAAGUCACAAACUAGAACAUUCUCAGUUCAAUUCAGGUGAUUUCUUCAGUGAAGAUACAAUCAUGAAUGAUCAAAUCAUUGAUAUUCUGUCCUUUGAAGAAUCUGGGAACAUGCUUCAGGCUUUAGAAGACUUGGAGGUUGCCAGCCUGACGCGGGCAGAUGCUGAUCUGGAGGCAUAUCGAAUACAGAUAUGUAAAGAAGUGAUUGCUAUGCUGAUGAAGAACAUGGUCUUAAGUCACAGCAUCUUUCCUCAUGUGGAGAAGAGGAUGAAUUCGAUUUUCAAGAAGCAGUUUCUUGCAAUGGAGAAAGAGAUUCAAGAGGAGUAUGAAAGGAAGAUGGUGGCUCUGACAGCUGAAUGUAAUCUGGAAACUAGGAAGAAAAUGGAGGCUCAAUGCCAAAAAGUGAGAGCUGCAAAUGAAGAAUCUGAGGAAUUAAUGAAGAAAAUCAAUGAAAAGCCUGCUGUAGAAUGCAGAAGUCUUCUGGAUAGACUUCACAGACUGGAGCAGGACCGCUUGAAGAGAUUCCUUCUUGUAAAGCAGGAGGAAUAUUUUGCGAAAGCUUACCGACAACUAGCUGUUACCCAGAGAAAGGAGCUCCAUAAUAUCUUCUUUACCCAGAUAAAAAAUGCUACUUUCAAGGGAGAACUGAGGUUGGAAGCAGCUAAAACAUUAGUAGAAGAUUACUCUAAAAUACAGGGAGACAUUGAAGAGCUAAUGGAUUUUUUGCAAGCUAGCAAGAAAUACCAUCUGAAUAGAAGAUUUGCUUACAGAGAGUAUCUUAUAAGUAAGAUACAGUUAAGGGAUUCUCAAGCCGCUGCUCUUAUAAAUGCAGCAGCAACCCAGAUAUCAACUCUCAUUAAUAAGAUGGAAAGAGGAGGUCAUCUACCUGAAGGUCACUUGGGAGUGCUGCUGGACCAAGCUGAAGCUGAAAUUAAUUCUGUUAAACAGAAAUUCAAUCAGAAUUUAAAACAAGAAAAGCAAAAGCUUCGCCAGAAACUCAUUACCAAGCGAAGGCGGGAAAUGCUACAAAAGAAAGAGCAUCGGAAGGAGCAUCUGUCACUUGGAGACCCCUUCAAUACUACGAAGGAGCUCACUCACUACCUGAGCCACUGGAAAAAUCUUCUAAAUGGUCACACAAUUGAAUUCGAAGAACUUACUGAAAAACUUGACAGUGAGGCCAGUGAAGAGCUGAAAGAGCUUCUAUUUAGUCUAACAGAGAAAACUGUUGAAGAGCUUAAACGUGUUCAGUAUGGAGUAUUUGUGCAAGAACUGGUAAAGCUCAGCGUGCCAAAGAUGUUCCUGCUGGAAGCUGUGGAGGAGCAUAAAAAAGAGAUGGUUGUUAAACAUGAACAGCUUGAAAGAGAAGAGCGUGACAAGAGCACGGCUGCUGAAGAGGUGCUUCAGCUCACCAGGCAGAAGCUGAGCCAAGAGCUGAAAACGAGCCUUUUGGAACAAAAAAAAUUAAGGAGCUGGGAACAAUCAGUAUUCAUGCAACUUCUAAGUUUACCCCUCUCGCUAUCUGAAGAGGAAUUGCUUAGAAUGAGGCAAGAGUUGCACUGCUGCUUCUCUCAGGUGGACAGCAGCUUGGCUUGGCCCAAGAUAAGAGCAAGAACUUUGCUUCAGGCUUUCGAGGUGGAGCAGAGGGGUGUAGAGAUGCUGAAAGUUGACCAGAAUUUAGCAAUGAUCAAUAAACAGGUGGGAACACAUUAUAAAAUGAAAAACACAGGAUCCAGAAACAGAAAUAAGAUAGAUAUUCUGAAGAAAUCUUUACAGGACAAAAUUUUUAUUUAUGAAGACUCGAUGAAAAAUGAUAAUUUGAGUAAGUAUAUUGCUUCUUUAGCCUUUCAAAAGACUGUUAAAAAAUCCAAAAUGUUGGAGUUGUAUACUGCUAUCGGAAGUGUACAAGCUUUGCUCUUUGAACAACUGAGCACAUCAAAAACCCUGUCAAAAUUGGAAUGUAUUCAGAUUUUAGAAGCACAUAAUCCUGAGAUUGAAGAACUGGACAGAAAGCUGGAGUAUGAGAUGUUGCAUAAAGAGUCAGCUCAGCAGCAGCAGCAGCAUCUAAUGAGUAGGCAGAGGUGGACUCCAGAUGGUUUGGGACUUUCAAGUGAAGCUGCAGAAACAAAUGCAGACAGACAGGUGACCGUUCUGCUAACACAGGCCAUGAGUAAAUGUAGGCAAUUUAUAAAUCUGCACCAGCAAAGAUUGAGAGAUGAGCAAUGGAAUUGCGCGGUGCUUGAAGAUCUCCUGGAAAAGAUAGAAAUGGAUGCAUUUUUGGCACUUUACAGUCAGGAGCUCCGACUUGUGGGUUAUUUAGCCAAACUGAUGAGGGUACCAAUGGGGACGUUACACAGGAUCCUGAACUUGUUGCUGCCCUCCAGCUCGCAAAGUGAGAUUCUUUCUGUACUCAAUUCCAUUAGUAAAUAUUCCGAUGGCAUUGCUGAAAGUGACAGUAAUGCAGAUGAGUCUGGCAGCUGUAAGAAAAGGAGGAACCAAGAGUUGUGGCAAGCACUGGAGAACAAAGUAAGGCAAGAUCUGAUAAACAGAAGUUUGAAAAAGAUCCCUUCUCUAAACGAGAGAAAAGACAGCUUCAUAAAGAAGAAGAAACUUGCCCUUCUGGAAAAAGCAUCAUUCAUUCAUCUUGGUUGUUUGCCUACGCGUCCUCCUAUGGAACAGUCUGAUCUGCCUGUUCCUUUGAACACCGCAAAUGCCGAAGCAAUAGAGCUAUUGGACACAGGGGAGAAGGUGUUUUUGUUCCGUGAGCUGAGUGAUCCAAUACUUUCUUUGUGUAAUUCUCCAAGGAAAAAGAAAAAGAACUUUCUUAAUUCCAAAAAGGCUGCUCGCGCAAAUAUGGAUGCAUGA